AUGGUAUCCCAAAUCGUUUAGAUUAUAGAUAUUGAACACCAACAUUUGCUUGAUGGAUUUGAACAGAGUGUCUUGUUAUUUGCAUAGAUUGAUUCAGAGGAUCGAGUCAAGUAGUUUGAAACAUUAAAUCUCAUACAAGAGUUGUAUAACAAACUUGCUCUAUCGUACUUCUACAAUGACGAUCUCUUGGAUGAAAAGAAGGUCCAGAUCCCUAUAAAUGAUGGCACCUCCACUUGUUCAGAUUUCUCUGAUGACAAUUUUGAAGUUGAAGACUUUGAAGCUCAAGUUGCCCAAGAGCUCUUUUAAUAAAUUAAAGGGCAAUUGCAGGAUCCUGAAAUCGAAUAGAAAUGUUAUCAAUUCCACUUUACCAUCUUUUAGGAGGAAUUAAACAUUAUGGACUUUUUUAACGAUUCCCUCGAAUUGCAACUUAAAGAGUAUGAUGUGAUUGUGUUCUUAAAUUAUUCAGGACUACUUCAAAAGUUGAUGAAUUAUAAAUUAGAUAACCAAUUGGAAUUCUUUGUAGGCCAAUUAUAUAUAAUAUUAAGCAGAAUUAAGAAUGAUGAAAUAGAUUAAUUGAUUGAAACUAACUGUUUUGAACUCAAAUAUAGUAGACUCUCACAAAGGAAAUUCUUGAGAUGCAAGAUCCUCUCCAACUUAUACACUAAAUUAGUCUAUGAGAAAUUGGAUAGAUGGAGAAGCAAUUAAAAUAUUCAAGAAAUACAAGGAGAAAAUCUAAAAGAUUUGAGAAGUUUCAUCGUCUAACACAAGGCUCCGUUGAGUAGAUGGGAAGUCAGCAUUCUAUCCAUUCAGGAUGUUCAACUUAAUAAUGAGAAUAUUCUAGACAAAUUUCAAAAAUUAGUCAUUGCUCUUUCACUCCCUUAUGAUUUAUUACUAGAGAAUUUUACCAUAUUGGAUAAAUUGUAUGUCAAUUUACAAUAAUUCUAAAAAUGGUUUAAAUUGAGUUCAAUUCCAUUCACAGUCUCUGAAAUAUCUUAGCUAUUUAAGGAGGUUAGUUAGACUUAUGGCUAUUACACUAAUCAAGGCAUCAAAGUGACUCAAAGAGUUGACUUCUAUUGGUUUUUAGAAACUGUUUAUGCUCUCAAUCAAAACGAAUAGCCUAUCAAAGAGAAAAUAGAAGGUAAAAAUGUAAAGUAUAAUGAUGAAAUUACUAUACGAUAAUAUAAUCGACAUUUGUAACUUAAAGUGAACGAUUUACAACAACAACUUAACCAAAAAGAAGCACUUAUAGAUUAAUUAAAAAAAGCUUAGCAAGACUAGUAAUAGACAUCAAGAAUGAAAACUAAGUCUAAUAAUGAAAUUAAAGAAAAGGAUGAGUGUGAAUUUAAAUUAGAAUUAUUGCAUUAGGCAGAAAUAAACUCACUUAAAAAUGAAACUUAAAAUCAGCUUAAAGUAGUUGAACUUAAAUGGAAAAAUAAAACCAAAGACUUGCUAUUUGAAUUAGAGAAUAAGGAUAGAUAAAUUGAUCAAUACAGAUAACAAUUGGAAGCUUUAAUGAAAGAACUUGAAUGGGUUAAAACAGAGAGAAGGACCAAAUGA